AUGGCGUGUCCUAUUGAUAAGCACUGCGCUAAACUGCUUACCAACGACAAGAUCUGUGACGGAAGAGUUUGUACUAAGGCCUCACAAGCGUUAUCGGGAUGUUUGGAGCCUCAGUGCUGUCCACCUUUCAUCAAUGUGGACGGCACCUGCCAAAGUGACUCACCGCUUGUAAACGAUUUCACCCUGGCGAAAAGAUAA